AAAAGGAGGGAGUGCUUUGGAAAGGGGCACACAUCACUUAAGUUUUAACAAGAAGGGGGCAACGAAGAACCCCCUAAUCGACUAAGGUCUUAUCGACCCUCCUUCUGUGAGCAUUUUGUCUUUAGCAAAAGCGGAGAAAACUUGUUGGAGGAUGCUGGUAUUUGAUGUAGCGCACGCUGUCAAGCUCUAAUACUGAAGCUAUUUCACUUCAUCUGCGAACUGACAGCGUUCAAAUCUCCACGCUGAGCAAAGAAGACAACCUAAAGCUUUGUUUACAAUCCCAUCGUCUUUUCUUGGAUUUGGGCCUACAUACUUUUUGGACGUUUCUUUUUUUGGACGUCUGAUCGCCUCCCGUUGCUCUCUCUCUCUCUCUCUCUCUCUCUCUCUCUCUCUCUCUGUGUGUGUGUUACGGUCGGACUCAACUCAGCGUCGACAAAGAAAGAGGCGAGGGGAAGCGGGAUUAGUUUUUAAGGUGUCUGGAUGUUCGGGACUCCGGAGGGUGUGCAGUUUGGUGGGAGCAGUCUGAAGCAGGAGCCGCUGAGCGCAGGGAUGAACGCUGUAAGGACGUGGAUGCAGAGCGCCGGCGUGCUGGACGCCAACACAGCUGCGCAGAGUGGUGUGGGAUUGGCCCGAGCGCACUUUGAGAAGCAGCCGCCCUCCAACCUGCGCAAAUCAAACUUCUUCCACUUCGUGCUGGCUCUGUAUGACCGGCAGGGACAGCCCGUCGAGAUCGAGAGGACUUCGUUCGUGGGAUUUGUCGAAAAAGAAAAGGAGACGACAGGAGAAAAGACGAACAAUGGCAUUCACUACAGACUGCAGCUCCUCUACAGUAACGGAAUCAGGACAGAACAGGAUUUUUAUGUGCGUCUUAUCGACUCCAUGACUAAACAGGCUAUUGUCUAUGAAGGUCAGGACAAGAAUCCUGAGAUGUGUCGUGUGCUCCUUACCCAUGAAAUCAUGUGCAGUCGGUGUUGCGACAAAAAGAGCUGUGGGAACCGAAAUGAGACGCCCUCAGACCCCGUCAUCAUCGACAGAUUCUUCCUAAAGUUCUUCCUAAAAUGCAACCAGAACUGCUUAAAGAAUGCUGGCAACCCGCGAGACAUGCGCCGCUUUCAGGUGGUAGUAUCGACCACAGUGAGUGUGGAGGGCCACGUUCUUGCUGUGUCAGACAACAUGUUUGUGCACAACAACUCAAAACAUGGAAGGAGGGCACGGAGACUGGACCCCUCAGAGGGAACGCCGUCAUAUCUGGAACAUGCAGCACCUUGUGUUAAAGCCAUCAGCCCAAGUGAAGGAUGGACAACUGGGGGCGCUACAGUAAUAAUUAUUGGUGACAAUUUCUUUGACGGACUUCAGGUCAUCUUCGGAACCAUGCUGGUCUGGAGUGAGCUCAUUACGCCUCAUGCCAUUCGGGUACAGACGCCGCCUCGACACAUCCCUGGGGUUGUGGAGGUCACGCUCUCCUACAAGUCCAAACAGUUCUGCAAAGGCACACCAGGCCGAUUUAUUUACACUGCCCUAAAUGAGCCCACUAUUGAUUAUGGAUUCCAGCGGCUACAGAAGGUCAUCCCUCGACAUCCUGGAGACCCAGAGCGUUUGCCAAAGGAAGUAAUAUUAAAGAGAGCAGCAGAUCUGGUCGAGGCAUUAUAUGGAAUGCCUCAUAACAACCAGGAGAUCAUUUUAAAACGUGCUGCUGACAUAGCCGAGGCACUCUACAAUGUACCUCGCAAUCACAAUCAGCUAACAGGCCUAACUAACAGCUCUGUCCACACUGGAAUGAUGGGGGUGAACUCCUUUACCGGACAAAUUACUGUUAACGUAUCCGAGUCCUCACAAGGAGGGAAUCAGGGUUUUAAUAGGAAUACAAGCAGUGUGUCUCCUCAUAGUUACGUGCCGAGCUCCACACCCCAGCAAAGCAGCUACAGCACAGUGGCCACGAGCAUGAACGGUUAUGGUAAUACUGCCAUGAGCAACCUGAGUGGCUCGCCCAGCUUUCUCAAUGGCUCAGCCGCCAACUCACCCUAUGCUAUUGUCCCCUCCAGUCCCACUAUGGUCUCAUCCACCAGCUUGCCGUCCAACUGCAGCAGCUCUUCUGGAAUUUUCUCGUUCUCUCCGGCAAACAUGGUGUCAGCGGUAAAGCAGAAAAGUGCGUUUGCUCCUGUAGUGCGACCGCAGAGCUCCCCUCCACCCACAUGCACCAGCAACAAUGGCAAUGGCCUUCAAGAUCAGUCUUUUGUGGACUCUAACAAGUACUCAACUGCCAGUGCGCUCCAGGGCCUGGCCUUCUCCUGAACAGCAGCAGCGGCAGCAGCAAUCUCUGGAAUGAUCGUUCCUCCCAUGUAGAAGAAGGCCAGGACAUUGUCACUGGUCUCUCUGAA